GAUCGACGGUCUGCUGUCUGAGGCGCUGUGGCGCGUGUCGCUGCGUCCCUCGCCCGCCCAGGUGGCGGCGGAGGUGGGCGCCUGGCGGGCAGCGCGGCCGGGGGCGCUGCUGGCGGUGGCGCGGCAGCUGGCGGAGGGGGUGAUGCGGGAGGUGGUGGACGACAUGAUUGCGGAGGCGUGCGAUGAGAUGCGGCACCUGGCCCAGGUGGCCGACUCCUUCGCCUUCGACCUGCUCGUGGAGGCGGUGGCGUUCUCGCAGCGCAAGUACGAGUUUGGGGCGGCGGGGGCGGACAACGUGCGCAACAGGCUGAGGGACGCGGCGGCGGAGCAGCAGGCCGACUUUGCUCGCGGUCUGGCUGCCAAGCGCGCCGCGCACCUCUCCCGCCAGAUGAGUCGCGCCCUGGUCGGCCCCGCGGCGGAGGGAGGCAGCGGCGGGGGCAGCGAGGCGGGCAGCUCGGCAGCAGGAGAGGCGGGCGGCAGCGGGGGUGGUGGGGGUGGUGAUGAGGGGGAGGGGGAGGUGGACCUAGCGCUGUACGACCAACAGAGGCUGGCGGAGGCGGCGACACGGGCUAUACAGGUUGGCGCCCCCCUGUCUGAGGAGCUGGAGGAGGACGCCAUCUACGUCAUGCAGCGCACCUUCGCCGACACGCACCUGGCGCGGGAGGAGAAGCAGCUGUACGUGCAGGGACUCAAGGCCAUGCUCCAGGAGAUGCGGCAGCGGCGGGGCGAUGCGCCGUACGGCCACACGCAGCAGCUUACCCCCUACUGGCCGCCGUACGUGCGGGUCACACGGGCCCAGCGCCUUGCCGCCCAACGCGCCCGCCCGCCCCUGGCCGCCGGUCCCGCCGUGUGGCGCCGCAUGCGGGGGGAGGGGGCGGGGCGGGCGGCGCAUGCGGGCUGGCCGCGCCCCGAGCACUGGGCGGCCGCGCAUGCGGAGCGGGUGUUCUGGGGGGCGGUUGCGCUGCGGCCGCACUACCUGGCGCCCAAGGGGGGGCCGGGGGUGCAGCUGCCGCCCGAGCUGGGCCCCAUCACCGCCACCGCCGCCUCCCCCAGCGGCGCGCUGCUGGCGGUGGGCACUGCGGCGGGGGGGAUGGCGGUGUACGACAUGCGGGCGGAGCAGGCGGGGGCGCCCUGGUUCCAGGUGGUUGGCGACGGCCAUGCCUACAGCCGCCCCGCCUGGUUCCGCGCCCCUCCCCCCCGCGCCCCCCCGCUGGUGGCGCUGGCGUGGAGCGCGGACGGCUUCCAGCUGGCCUCGCUGGACGCGGGCAGCUGCCUGCGGGUGUGGUGGAUGAGGCCGGAACCAGGCGCCCAGGUGCGCGAGGAGCCGGGCAGGCAGCCCGUGUGCCCCGACCUGGCCCUCUCGCUGGGGCCGCUGUCAGUCAGCCUCAGCGGCAAGACACCCGUGGUGGAGGCGCUGGCGGAGGAGCAGGGGGAGGCGGG